AUGAAAAAGUCAGAUUUAGAUCUCAUGACAAUCAAAAUGACCGAAAUUCUGGCCUACAAAAAUGAGUUGGGCGAACUGAGGGCAAAUUAUCAAGCUGCUCAAGAAAGCAUUGAAAGAUGGAUUCGCCGAUGCAAUUAUUUUGAGAAAAUUGAUAGCGAGUUUACUGUCAAGCUGAAGAAAUAUAUGCGUGAUCUUGAGUUGCUGAGGGCUGAGAAAGUCAUCCAACCGACGAAUCCUAGGAAACAGCAGGUGAAAUCUCGGCAGCGGCUGCAGCACGAGGAACGCAUGCAGCUGCAGUACAAGGAGCAGCAAGAGCUGCAUCAGCUGCAGCAGCACAGCCAGCGGAAGAUGCAUGCUCAACAGCUCAAAGAGCAGCAAUUGAGAGAGAAGCGGCAAAAGGAGGAAGAGCUGAAGGAGAAGGAAGAAAACGAGAAGAAACGCAAAGAGACUCAACAGCGCAUUAAAGAGGAUCAGGAGCAUAUUGAAAAACGUUUACUAAAAACACAAGAACGGUUCCAGACUUCGUUGAAACCGGCUGCAACAACAAAUUCUCCUCUGUGUUCAUCAGCUGCAAGUUCGCCGUCUACGACUGCGUCGGCGUCUGCUGGGACGUCAACGUCGGUGCCCAUCCCUGUGUCUAUCACUGCCUCCAAAAUGGCCAGACAAUCUCCGGCCAAGUCUCACGAAGUCAUUGAUCUCAUUGAUCUCACCGACAAAGAAGAAAAAGGUGCUGCUGCUAACCAAGACUCAAAAACUCCUACCAGCUACACUGUUGUUAGACAAAUGCCACCAGCCAAUUUACUGAUUGGGACAUUGGCAGCAAAUGGUACUAUGAUCAUGAAGAAUGGAGCAAUGAGUAAUGUAUUGAAACCUGUGCACACAGUCAGAGUUACGAGCGCGACUCACCCCGCUCCUCUGCCACCUUGCCCGCCGGCCAUUCAUCAAGAAGGAUGGCGUCUGGCGCCGCCCAGGCCUCAAUUGGUGGUCAGGAAGACACCUAACGCCAGCUACCAGCUGUAUGCCUAGCAAACUGCCUACCAAGAAGGCUCAGCACCACCCACCUCCACACUCUGGAAGAAGGUUGGCGAUGUCAAAGCUCUGCCCCUGCCCAUGGCCUGCACCCUCACACAGUUUGUGGAGGGUCACAAGUACCACUUCGCGGUGAGGGCAGUAGACAUCCAUGCGCGGGUGGGGCAUUUUAGCGGACCCAGCACGAUUACACUCAAUUGAGUUGAAUCUGAAGAUUGGAGUGAAGAGCAGUACAAACCAAAAUGAUUUAUACCCUGCCAUUAAUAUAAUACGUACCUAAUACUACUAUCAAGAACU